AUGCAUAAUCAUCCGGCAAUCAGUAUGAGCGCAACACAAAUUCGUGUUCUUGAAUCUACCGGUCAAGCCGUUACUGGUCCCUCCGACCUGGCUGCACCGUCACCGAGCCCUUUCGAUUCAACCGCAAAGCCGAAGAUCACAUUCUCCACGCUUACUUCUGAAAUUCGAUGCAUGAUCUACGAGCAUCUUCUCGUGUCACCAACAGGGUUCAUCACAAUGGGCGUUCGAGACCAUGAUAAACAAAUAUGUCUCGAUGAUUGGAGGUGGAAGCUUCUCGCUCAGACUAAUUGGGGUUCCCGCUUUUAUACGUAUCUGGAGUGGAAUCCCAAGCAUUACAGCUCGUAUGGAUUGGAAAAAUGUGUCGAUUGGGGGUGUUACCUACGGCCCAUCAGCGACGCCAUUUUUCGGACAAGCAAGGCUAUACGACAAGAGUCUUUGGCGAUACUUGGGUCGCGGAAUACACUGUCAUUUCAAGAGCCUUGUAUAGCUAUGUUUUGGGCGAAAAAGAAAUUUGAGCCGCUCUUAACAUACUCAGAGCCGAGUUUGUCGGUAUUAAAGCACAUAAGACAUAUCUUGAUCCAUGUCCAUGCGGACAACUUGGUGCAAAAGUGCUGUAUGAAUGAACUAGCUACAGCCAUGCAUCUUUGGACAUAUAUCAGGAGCCUGAAAUCCACAACUUUAGAAGUGCAACUUCAUACAGUACCUUUGAAACUCACCACCGCACAGUUUAACCAAUUCAGAAAGAACUUUGACGCGCGAAGGGGCUUAAAUAUCGCUAAUGUACCAUCGAAAGUUUGGGAUGCCGAAUGGCAAUCUUCCUCGCUACGUGAGCUUGUUGGGACAAAGAGUGAGGUAGUGGCCAGGUUGGCACAUGUACGUAACAAGGCCUUGUACCAUUUCCUCCACGGGAAGAACGUAACUGCGACGAGCGAAGCAGCCGCCGUGAGGAGGAGAAUAAAUGUAAAGGGCGACUUUUUUCGCGGACCGGAAUGGGAAGAAAUAACCCGGACAAUGCCGUUUACUGGUCAAGUACCAUCAAUCAUGCUGGAAGCUUGGAACGUGGCCUACGGCGGGGAACUUUGGGUGGAUGGCGUUUUGAGUUAUAAAGAUGGAGAGCUCAUUCAUUUUCCAAAUUUAUGA